AUGUCUCGUUAUCAUCCUUAUUCAAGAAAUAGUGGAGGAAGACAUUACAGCAACAACAAUGGCGCAGGCGAUCAUGCUCCGCAUAUUAAUUUUACUCAUGUUGAUGGUGAUAUUAAGGUUGUGCUGAAAAAAGUUAUUCAAUCAGGUGUAGAACGAUCACUUCUUUUAACACCAGAAAAGUUCUUUGAAAUUUCACACAAAAGUGAUGAUAUAGUAAAAGCCGGCAAAGCUAUGGCUGAUUAUCAUGGAAAAAACAGUGAAACACAACCGCCUGAUACUGUUGGACCCUUUAAAUUCAUUCUUCGUUCUGAUUUUAAUAAUGAUAAGUAUGAACAUAUGUAUGAAUGGGAAGUCCCAAAUUCACAACUGAGAGUUAGUAUUCGUAAUCGUCGAAGUGAUGGUAAAAGACCCAAAGACACCCAAUUUGUUGUUGAAGUACGUAUUUUCGGUUCAAAUGGUUUACCAACAGACGAUGGAAUCAUGAUGGCAUGGCAUAACUUUAAUGGUACCUUUGUUCAUAAUCGACGAGAGCGCAAUAAUAGAAUCGAAGAAAUGCGUCGAAAUGGUGUUUUGAACUUACUAACAAAUUCAGUCCUAAGUAGUACGACAUCAACUUCAGCAACCGUUUAUUCAUCCUCAACAACAACAACAACUCGAGAUUUACCAUCAUGGACUAUCAGUGAAAAUCAUGCCAAUAAAGCGGAGCAUUCAUGCGUUAUCUGUAUGGACACAUAUUCAAAAGGUGAAACUGUCAAUGGCUUACCACAAUGUACUCAUUUUUUUCAUUGUAAAUGUAUUCAAGCAUGGCUGGUCGGAAGUAACUCGUGUCCAACAUGUCGAUCAAUAGUUUAA